UGUCCACAAGGAAAAUGGGGUGAAAAUUGUAAUAAUGUAUGCGAUUGUAAUGGACAAGGUGUAUGUGAUAUUAUAACAGGAUAUUGUGUUUGUUCACCUGGUCAUACAGGAGAGAAAUGUCAGACAGUUUGUCCUGCUGGUACCUAUGGUAGAAACUGCCAGUAUCAUUGUGGUUGUCAGAAUGAUGCUGCCUGUGAUCCUGUUAAUGGAGCCUGCCAUUGUAAAAAUGGUUUUACUGGAGCCUUAUGUGAAUUGAGUUGUCCACCAGGCACACAUGGUUCAGGGUGCUCCCAGGUUUGUCAAUGUCAGAACAAUGCGACUUGUGAUUCUGAAACUGGACAAUGUGCAUGUAAAGCUGGGUGGAUGGGUAAAUUCUGUAAUCUACCGUGUGAUAAAGGUUAUUUUGGUUUGAAUUGUGCAACUAAAUGUCCUUGCAGUAGAAAUAUAGUUAGUUGUGAUAGAUAUAAUGGUCAGUGUCACUGUUCUACAGGGUUUAUGGGAUCCAGUUGUGAUGUACAGUGUUCUCAAGGACGAUAUGGAGGAAAUUGUACCGAAUACUGUGAUUGUAAUGGAGCAAAUUGUUCGCCUGUGAAUGGUGCUUGUUUAUGUCCACUAGGUUAUACUGGUAACAAAUGUCAAGUUAGAAAAUGUCCCAGGAAUUUAUUUGGUUCUAAAUGUCAGUAUGUGUGUGAUUGUAAUUGGAAUACUACUGAUUCUUGCCACGCCACAAAUGGUGAAUGUCAUUGUAUGCCAGGCUGGACUGGUGUAAACUGUCAGAAUCAAUGCCUUUUGCCAUACUAUGGUCCACGGUGUUCAAAGACAUGUAACUGUGCAGGUGCCGUUUGUGAUCACGUAACAGGUGCAUGUCGAUGUACGGCUGGUAGAACUGGAGUAACUUGUGCUGAUACCUGUCCAUCUGGUUCUUAUGGUAUUCAAUGUAAACAGAGAUGCGAAUGUAGAAAUGAUGGAGUCUGUAAUCCUGUUAACGGCGCUUGUACUUGCGAACCAGGAUGGCAAGGGAUCUUCUGUGAUCAACAUUGUCCAGCUAAUAGAUAUGGUAAAGGAUGUAGAGGCAAUUGUACUUGUGCUAAUAAUGCUGAAUGUCACCCUAAAGAUGGUUUCUGUAUUUGUCCUCGGGGUUUCCAAGGUACAAACUGCGAACAAAAAUGUUCUAAUAACACCUUUGGUUUUGGAUGUAGACAACGUUGUAACUGUAAUGUAGACAACACAGACAAAUGUGAUCACAUUACAGGGCAGUGCCAUUGUAAAAAUGGCAUACAAGGCGCCACCUGUGAUAGUGGUUGUGCUGACGGUUAUUGGGGUGAAGACUGUUUAUCUACCUGUCAAUGUAAUAAUAGAGGUACUUGUGAUUCUACGGGAGUUUGCGAAUGUCAGGCUGGUUGGACUCAUUCAGAUUGCUCAAUGCCUUGUCCUAAGGGAACGUUUGGAAUAAAAUGUUCCCAGAAGUGUCAAUGUAAGAAAGCUACAUCAUGUAGUGCCGUCAGUGGUCAGUGUAUUUGUGAACCAGGAUAUCGUGGCAUAUAUUGUGAUGAAGGUAUGCUGUGUCCACUGGGAACAUAUGGUAAAGAUUGUAAAAAUACUUGUCCAAGAUGUGAUCGUGGUUCAUGUGAUCAUGAAACUGGAAAGUGUAUUUGCUAUCCGGGUCAUACUGGUCAGUUAUGUCAUAUACAAUGUCAAGCUGGAACAUAUGGUAAAGAUUGUAGCUUCCGAUGUGAUUGUCAGAAUAAUGGGCAAUGUCGACCUACAGAUGGUAUUUGUGAGUGCCCUAGUGGUUACAAUGGUGUACAAUGUGAACGACGAUGUUAUGCAGGAUAUUACGGGAAAAACUGUGCUUCGAAAUGUCAGUGUAAAACAUCCGAAUAUUGUGAUGUUAUUUCUGGAUGCCUUGGUAUGUUAAACAUCUGGUCUUACCAAUUUGUUGUAUGA